AUAUUCGGGGAUCCGAUGUAGAGCGGCUAUUCUGGGACAAGAUACCGAAAGGCUGCUCUGGAGGAGGUCCGUGAAGUCUAAUCCAAGCAUGCCGCCGGCAUUAAGCUUCAACACGAAGUCAGUGAGAUCGGAAAGCAGAAUAUCUCCUUCGAUCAGCAACCAGGAAUCCAUAAAGAAUGGAUCCACGGAGUUGUUCGUUGGCGACUCUGGCACGUUUGAAAAAGCACAAACACUACGCUUUGCGAUGGAUCUGAAGACUGGCACACUACUGGUUGCACCCGCCGUGAAGAACUCCAGCUGCUCGCAUCCCCGCUACUCGGGCCACAACUUCAUCGCGCACAUCGGCAUUGCGGAGACCAUCGAGGCGGUCCUCAUUCUGGUCCUCACACUGGGCGUCAUCGGUGCCAAUUGUCUAGUCAUUUUUGUCAUAAACAACCGUCGCUAUGCCGCCUACAUUCACCAACAGCCACGUUAUCUACUCACCUCUCUGGCACUGAAUGACCUGACAAUUGGCCUGCUAAUUACACCGUUUGGGCUAAUGCCGGCAUUGUUCCACUGCUGGCCAUAUGGCGAGAUCUUCUGUCAGAUACAGGCCCUGCUGCGCGGGGCGCUCUCGCAGCAGAGCGCCGUGAUACUCGUCUGCAUGGCCGUCGACCGCUACAUGUGUGCGCUGCAUCCGCGGCGCUACUACCAGCACUCCAGCAAGAAGGGUUGUGUUGCCAUAUUGAGCUUAACCUGGAUCAUCAGUCUCACGGUAUUUGGCUUUCUUGUGCUGCCCAAAGGUUACUACUUCAACAAUACAGGUCUAAUGGCCUGCGAACCCUUCUAUAGCAAGCCGUCGUAUAGAAUUUUAUCCACAUGCGCCCUCUACUUCCCCACCACCAUGGUGCUGAUGUACUGCUAUGGGUCCAGCUUCCACAUGAGCCGGUUCCGCCUGAACGAUCCGACAAUGCCCCUCACGGCCGCCGCCCAUCAUCCGCAUCCGCAUCUCCAUCCGGCCCAGCAGCAGCAGCUCCAGCUGCAGCAUCAGCAUCAACACCACCAACAGCAGCAGCAGCACCUCUACCACGGCCACUCGCAUCAUCCGCACCAUCCGCAUCAUCAUCAUGGGGCACCCGUGAUGGGGCACCACCUAAGCAUGGCGAUGAGCAUGGGUCUGGCUGGGAUGCCGAGCAUGACAAACAAGAUUACCAAAAAGAUUGUUCCCAUCCAGGAGAAGAACUCCACAGGGUCCACGUCACGUUCGAUGGCCGCCAUUUCUUUGGGAUUCAUUGUUAUGGUCACGCCAUGGACCAUACAGGAGAUAGUCACUGCAUGCACUGGCUCGAAGUUGCCGCCGUUUCUUGAUUUUGUCGUCACUUGGACAGCACUGAGCAACAGUCUAUGGAAUCCCUUCAUGUAUUGGCUCCUCAACUCCGAUUUCCGCCGUCUGAGUCGUCAAUUGAUGCCAAACAAAUGCUUCCCCAACGAGGAAACGCCCGAGCACAAAUCAGCCUGUUGUCACAUCAAUGCAAACGAUUUCGAAAUCACAACUCUUCCUGUCCCGCCGGAGCCGCCCGCCUCCCGGCCACCCGGCAACAACGGGGGGGGUGGUGGUGGUACCAGUUCUGGGGCAAGCGGAGCACUGGGUACUGGAGCCGGUGGCAUUGGCAGUUCCAUUGGCGGUUCUGUGCUCGGCAUCUGCGGCCGCUCCAGGGCCAACAGUUUGAGCCGCAGUGCCUCGCAGUGCAUCCGGAGCACGAUGGGAGGCGGACACGGCCACGUGCACCAGGCAUCGGCCAACGAUGCGUACCCCACCAUGCGGCCCGACAUCGAAGGCCUCUCCGAGAAGUACUGGGGGGAGAUACUCGAGCGCACCGUCAGCUCUGGCAACCUCAACGCUAUGCAAAAGAGCUUGCCCCACUUUCCCUACCACCACCACAUGCACCAGCUGCACCAGCCGCAGCAGCACCAUCGACAGCAGCAGCAGCAGCAACAGCAGCAGCAGUCGCAGCUGCAGACCACGUCUUUCAGCAAGGCCAGCGAUCUGCAGCUGAAUCUGUGCAAGGACUCCACGUCCGCCUCCGACCUGGGCAAGUUCUCCAACUCGGAGCCCAAAUUGUGCGAGCACCUCUUCCACGACGUCAACUGCGCCAAGAGCAAGGCACUCGGAGCCGGCGGGGGUGGCGGCAUCGGCGGCGGAGAGGCUGAGUCCAAGAUGUCUGCGGGUCGCAGCAUUCCGGACAUUUAGUACGCAGAGGACGUCAUACUCGCCAGCCAGAGGGCCCGCCAGGUCACCAAGUGCUCGCACCAUCCGCUGCACCAGCAGGCCCGGCUGCACCAUGGCGUCCACCAUACGAGCAGUCUGCGGCUGAACCGCAUCCGCGUCUCCUGCCACAGUCCGCCGCCAGAGGUCACAGCCGCCUCCUCCAUGGCCGAGUAUCGCAAGUGAAGACAAAUCCUUUGAUCGGGGGAAAUGGUUUAACCAUAGAAUGAGUGUCUGUGUCUAUCUUAAAUGUCGCAUGAUCCUGCAAAUAUAAUAUGUGUGUCGUCUAUUAUGUAGGAUUUCAAUACAAAGAUAUCGUAAAUAUUGGCCUGCUGUAGAUCCUUUGCUCUAAGAACUUUCCCAUCGAAUCUUCAAUCGAAUCAGAUUGGAUAGGAUCGGAUCGGAUCGGAUCGGAAUCGGCCAUGAAAUUCAAAUCUUAACCAUAGUAAGUGUUCAUUCAGUGUUUGUGAUACCCUAAGACACCCUGCAGAUAAAUAAAGGUUGCGUGUUGUAUGUGCAUGUGUAUGUGUGAGCAUUAACUAAAUCAAAGAUAUUAUGUGUGUAAAUUAGGUACGAUUAUGCUAACGUAUUGUCUAUGGGGCAGCCAGGUUGACUUUCAAAAGGAAAGAAAGCUGUCCAGAAGCGCAAAAUGUAAACUUUACAGGAGAAGUCAGACUUUCCUCUCUCAGAUACUGUACGUGUGUGUCUGUGGUGUAUCCUUUCCCCCUCUAUGAGCAUUCGUUCCCAUCUUCUGGGUCGGGCAUAUGAAUGGAUAUGGAUCUUAAAGCGUUGUGGUUAAUCAUAGUCCUAGUUCUCUAACUCCAAUCGAAUCGAAUCUGAAUACUAUUGAAAUUACGAGUAUACUCACUGUCUAACCAAUCGGAAUCGGAAUCAAAAACAAAAUCAAAUCCUAACUUUGUGAUUGUCAAGAAUUUAAGUUUAGUCGGUGUAAAAUUAUUGUUAAACCAUCCUCUAAUUUGUAGCUAUAACGGAUUAGUUAAAUUAAAUCAAUUUACUGUCUAAGCGAACUCUAGUUUAGUCCUUAUCAAAUACAACAAUAGAUAUGCAUAGGAUCAACGAAAGAUACAUAACUACGAGUAUAAAUGGAUUUAAAGGCAAUACCAAAUAAAUAUCAAGAAAACAAGCAAAAAGUCACAAGUGGU